UGGUUCGCAGGAGUAUCGAAAGAGAUCCUUGCCUGCAAGCCGGAAGAAAUUCGAUCGGCCAUGGCUAGUAUUUUCAUCCGCGGUGUAUGGUUUAUUUUUGGUAUUCCUUUAAUACACUAUGCAAGUAGCUCUCAAGAGCAAUGUCGAUCUCUGGAAUUUAACUCGGUCGGAACACUAAAUGGAAAACGUCUGAUGAAUCAUCUCAUGCUCGCCACUGAAGUUACAGACAAACAGUUCUGUGGAGCCCUAUGCUUUCUGGAAGAUAACUGCAUGUCUUACAAUUUAAUAACGGGAAGUGAGGCUGAAAACCACAAGUGUGAAUUGAACAACGCUACUCACGAAGGACAUGAAAGUGACUUGGUGGACUAUCCCGGUUGUAUUUAUCGUGCCGCUAAGGACGCAUGUGACAAUGAUCCUUGCAACGGAAGAGGGAAAUGUCAAAUAGGGUUCACACAGAAAGGCUAUCGCUGUGUGUGUUCCUCGGGAUUUACAGGUCUGGAUUGUCUUAAUGAUAUUGACGAAUGCUCUGAGGGAACUCACAGUUGUGACAUAAAUGCUGAUUGUUCCAACACCGACGGUUCUUACGAAUGCAUUUGUAAUCGAGGAUUCCACGGAGAUGGAAGGAUUUGUAAAGAUAUCGACGAGUGUACCACAAAUACUCACAACUGUAUUGCAGAUCAUUUGUGUAACAAUACAGAUGGAUCUUUCACUUGCACUUCAUUCACUUGCAAGGAGAUCUACGACAGAAACCCACAAAGUGAAAACAAAGCGUAUGAAAUAGUAGUUGGACCUGAGAAGAUUCCCGUGUACUGUAUCAUGAGCGCUACCGGCAUGGGACCAUGUGGAGGAGGAGGCUGGACACUUGUUAUGAAGAUGAACGGAACAAAGCAAACCUUCCAUUAUGAUGCUAGUCUUUGGACCAACAAGGAGACCUUCAACUUGGAAGGAGGUGAGACGGGUCUUGAUGGGCAAGAGACCAAGUUACCGACCUACUGGAACACGUCCUUUUCCAAAAUCUGUGUUGGCAUGAAGGUCCCGGGAGAGGUAGCCACAAGACUUAUCGUUAUUAACAAAACAGCUGAGUCUGUGUAUUCAUUAAUUGCUGAUGGCCAAUAUCGCCCCACACCAUUGGGAAAAGACGCAUGGAAAAGCUUGGUCAGCCCUCCAGGUCGAUUACAACCGAACUGUAACAAGGAAGGAUUUAACACAUCUGGGAACAACACACAGAAUGCAGGCAGAGCUCGAGCAAGGAUCGGUAUUCUUGGUAAUGGGGAAAACGAUUGUGAUUCAUGUGAUUCCAGAAUCGGAUUUGGCAGUGGGGGAGCUUCGGAUGAUUCUAUCACGUGUGGCAACGCAUACUGGAAUAACGUGAAAGUUAAAACAAUGGGAUACAUCUUCGUUCAGUAACGUUUGCCGGCCAACUUCAAAUAAAUGAAUACAGAUGGCAACCCGUCCAUAAAUGUUGCGUUUGGCUUUCCCUGCCAGCUGCAUCGAGUUUGAUAUGCAGUUGCAUCGAAGAAGGC